AGUAAAAUUCUUUGGAUGAGGUGUAAGAGACUGUGCAAUGUUAUAGGAUUGCAACUUUACUUCCUUUAUGUUCAUUAAUAAGUUUUAUUCUUAAGGACCAUUUACAAUUUUGGAAGUAGAUAUCAAACACACAUUUUACUUAUUAGUUGAUUGAUUGAGUGAACACUUUUAUCACUGCAUCAGCAACAAUGACUAUAUGGUAAGUAGGAUCACAGCAAUCAAUGUAUAACUACUGAUAACUAAGACGAACGGGUAAAUGCGGCUAGAUCGAAUACAUCUUGUGAGACGUAUCCAAGAGAUUAACGUUUGAAAGUGUAAUCACAAGCUUUAGAGAUGACCUUGUGUUUUGUUAAUAUAAAGUGUAAAAUGUCAAAUAUAACUAGCAAGUUCCACCCGAAAAACAAGGAUCAAGUUUCAUCAUAGAAAAUUUAGGUCUUGAUAAUCAUUCAUUCACCGGAAAAUAAGCUAUGAUCGCUCAGCUUCACUGUUGCCAAAAACGGUUCUUGGUAACCCAUGAGAGUAUAUAUAUAUAUUGUGCCCUACGUCAUUUCAUCUAGAAAAUUCCAACAUUGGUAUCCAAUGUCAUGGUUUGGGUUUGAUGGUGACGAUGAUGAUUACAAUUAUUACUAUUUAAGCUAGCAGAGUCCACUUCUUACAUCCGUACAACAGGAUGGGAACUGUGAGAGACGUACAGUCUCUGUUUCACAGCAAACCUGAAGGUAAUGAUGCGCAAAUCCUAUUCACCUCGACCAUUUCUACUUUCGCUGCAGAUGUCUGCUUUGAGAACUGUGUCUCGCAGAUUGUUUGCUGACCAACACACAAUGAGAGCUGCCACUUUUACUUACAUCUGUGGAUUUUUCAUCCUUACAGAUUUGAGUACUAGUGUCAACUAUGGAAGUGAAGAUGAGUACAGACUGGUGAGAGACAUAAUGGCACGUUAUAACAAGCAAGUGCGACCAUCACUGAACAGCUCAGAACCCCUCAAUGUCACUUUUGGUGCAGCUUUGGCUCAGAUCAUAGAUGUUGAUGAGAAAAAUCAAAUCAUGACAACAAAUGUAUGGAUAAAUCAGGGAUGGAUUGAUCCAAAACUGAGAUGGGAACCAGUGAAGUAUGGAAAUGUUUCAGUCAUCCGCAUUCCUUAUGACUCAAUAUGGCUCCCUGACAUUGUUCUAUAUAACAGUGCCCACAUCACAUCUGAGUCAGUAAGCACUAAUGUGAUUGUGACAUCUGAUGGAAACGUAACCUGGCUGUCCAUGGUCAUUUUUAAAAGUUCCUGUGCCAUCAAUGUUAAGUAUUUUCCAUUCGACACACAGAACUGCAGCCUUGAAUAUGCCUCCUGGACUUACGAUGCCUAUUCACUUAACCUAUUAACUCAAGGUGACAGACAAGGUGACCUCACUAAUUAUAUGAACAGUACAGAAUGGCAGCUAUUGGAAUAUCUACAAGAACGGCAGGUGACAAUCUUCUCAUGUUGUGAAGAACCCCUAUAUUUUCAUAACAACUACAUUCUAAUACGCAGACGACCAUUGUUCUACGUUUUUAAUAUGGUGGUUCCUUGCUUACUUAUAACUCUUGUGGCAUUACUAGGUUUUUACAUGCCUUCAGACUCUGGAGAAAAAAUUUCAAUGGGUAUCACAACACUUCUUUCAAUGACCGUCUUCUUGAUGAUUGUAGCUGACAAAAUGCCACCAACUUCUGAUGAUCUUCCUUUGAUAGGUGUCUACUAUGGGAUUACUAUUGCCAUUGUGUCAUUUGCAACGGCAAUGACUGUCUUCACUCUUAACAUCCACCACAAAGGAGCCCGGGGUCAUGAAGUUCCACCUUUAAUCAAGAGGAUUUUUUUUGGAUUUGUGGCUAAGCUUCUUUUCAUUCAUCUGGAUAUAGACGAGGAACCUGAGUCAAGAAAAGGAAUGCAACCAGUGCCAGCAAAUGACUACUAUGCACGUUAUGAGGUAGAUAAACUACCUGAAAAUGGAGGAUUAUCACCUCGUUUUAGUCGCAGAUUCACAUCUAGUGCUAUAUCAAGCUCCAAUGGUGGGAAUGACAGCACUGAAAAACAGUUUAUGCGUGUAUUGCAAAAGGUAUAUCAAACAAUUGAAAAGAAUGAAAUGAGGCUGGCUGAUCAAGAUAGGCGAGAUACUAUUCGCCAGGAAUGGCAGCAACUUGCUCUUAUUAUUGACCGAUUGUUACUUGUGUGUUUUAUAAUCCUGACUACAUCAAUUAGCCUGGCGCUUAUCCUACCUGGGAUUUCUUCAACAAAUGGCUAUGGACAUACAUAAGUGCUAAUUAUAAUAGAUUGACUACAUAAGCAUUGAUUGACUAAAGUUUGCCUGAUAUAUAUCCCUGACUAGAGAGAUUCUUAAAUGCACCCAACAACAAUUUAUUAACAAUCUUUGUUCUCACAUUUAACUGUUCUUUUAUGUUUUACUUUUUUUAAGUUAAAAUUAUUGUGAUGAUAGUGAUGGUGGUGACUACUGAGGCAGUGGUGUUGAAAACCAUGAAAAAGGUAGCCUCAGAUUGGAGCAUGCAUGAAUAUAUUGAUGUGUCAAUAUGUACAUGAUUUGUCUUUGUUAGGGUGGUAGUGAGAUUUACCUUUAUAAUAAAUCAAUACACUGUAAUAUACAAACGACUGCAGAAAAUUGUAUAUAUCAAAAUUGUAAUUAAUGUUCAUGUGUAUUCAGUGGUUAAAAGUAUAUUGCUGUAUUUGUCUUUUAUUUUUCUAGCUAUCACAGAUGGAAUAUCCUAAUGCAAGCAUGUGCUUCCAUUUCAAAAAUAAAUAAUGGGUAUUACA